CGCCGCCAAUAUUUGCCAAGUUGGAAAGUUGAAGACAUACCUUAGCUCUAUUUCCCGCAACCCUUAUACAAAGCCACAGACCUUUCGUCGGCAGUUUCCAAAUUGGAGCUCUUUCACAAGAACGCUAUUACUGUGCUGAUCGUAUUACCAGCGAGAGACAGCGACGAAUUAGGAAUGCAGUUAGUUACCAGCAGUUACACGACGGCGAACAUACAAGAUGCGCGUCAUGUGAGUGACGUAGGGCUGUUAAUGGUCAACUGUAGUGCAUUACGCUUACAGAAACAGUAUCUACUUCAAAGGCAUUGUAGUAGUACUUUGUCAUUGUAAGGGUAGUGUAGAGUGUGGGGUGACACUUCUGUAUAUUUCGAUCUACCAGUCCAGCAGUCAACAUCAAGUUUGGGAAUUUUCAGUGCAUCUUUGUGGACCUAGACUCGCGUUCGGUUGAGUGAAGGGACCGCUGUAGGAGGGAGGAUCUGGUGGCACGGUGAGCGCCCCGGUCGAUGAGCAAGCUGCUGUGCUCGUGCGCGGGCCGCCGCCGCCGCAGACGCGCCUCCUCUUCGUCGUCGAGGACGCCGACACCGACGCCGCGCGCCCAGCGGCGCCGCAACUUCCCCCGCGACGACGUCCUCAGGGUGCCACCGGGCUCCAAGCGGGGUCCGCAGCCGGCGCCCCGCGUCGUCCACCCGUUCCCCGACGUCGUCGCUGGCCAGCUGGGACCUUCCGACACGCGCCAACCUCCGCAACUGACUCGGCCCCAAAUUCCUCGCUCUCCUCUGAGUAUCCCCCCAGAAUCUCUGGAAUGCAGCCCACUGCCACCCGCAGACACGGAACCCAGCGCGCCCACGGAGACGGAGCUGAACUCCCUGCGCUCCUCCACGUCAGACGAGGGCUCGUUACCCAUGGCCUCUAGAGAGAGACUGGCACGUUCUAGGGAGACGCUGCCUGUCGACGCCGACGCGUCACAGUUGGCGACUUCCAGCCCGACGCGGGCCAGCUGCGAUUCUCUGAGAAAGACUCCGUGUGGAAGCGCGGGUGCGGUAGACGAUCCCUGCUGUAAAGACAGCGGCGAGGUGUGGGUCAAGAUGGAUCCGUCCUCGGCAGUGCUCCCGCGACGGAAAAUUUCGGGAAGGUCCCCGGCUACGUCUGUCGAUCAAGUGUGGUCGAAGGCGGGAGCGAGGAGGCGCCUGCACGACAGUGGCACUGCCUGGUCGACAGAAGAUUUCACGGGUCGAGGAGAUGACGACAUAUGGGUCAGAGCCAAGACUUCGUCGGCGGACAUGAAGCCUGCUGACGCACAGGCACAAGAAAUUAAGCCGGUUGUGAAUGAGAGACUAUCGGCUGAUCGCUUGCAUUCUGUUGCAGAUGGCCCUGGACCCAGCUCUCAAGGGACCAAAGGAAAGAGUUUAACUAUAGAUCGCAGCAGUGCAGUCAAACUCAAGCCAGGAGCAAAGGAAGACAGAAGCUCUUUCCUCAACUGGCUGUGGACACUGUUCAGGAGCAAACGGAAGGAUGCAAAGGAUGAAACUGACCCAAGCGGCAGCAAAACUCAAAAAGAAGCUAAUGCUACAUAUGAAACCAGUGUUUUGCAGAGUGAGAAAAAGACUGACCAGAAAGAGAAAAAGAUACUUGGAGAAGCUGCUCGGGCUGUUCUCACUGGAAGUGACUUCAGACUGAUUGACGAUGAUGGUGGUCGUGGUGAUGUGUAUGCGGAUGCUUGUGACGGUGGGGUGCUUCCAGAUGCUGCUAAUAAACAAGGUCUAGAUGACACUGUUAUCAAUCCAGUAAUUGCCAAGAGACUAGAUGACAUUGAUGAGGUCUUACAGGCCGUGUAUGAGCGAAAUAUUGCAUAUGGAAGGUCUGUCAGUAUGCAGCGCCUGGAGGUUAAUGCAGGCCACAAAUACCAAAGAGAUUCCAGAGAAAGUAGCAGGGAAGCUGAUGGGGAUGACAAGUCCUCAAGCCACCUGUCUUUGUGCAAAGUAGGAGAAACAACAGUACUGUUGUCAGAGGGCAACAGUUCACACAAGUACCAUGAAAAAAAAAUCAGUGUGGGAUCGUCUUCGCCGUCCAGCUAUUACAGCCAUUCUCGUUCUGAAUCAGAACUGACAAACGAUGACGAAUUUUUGGCUCUGGGUACUCCUCCACACCCGCCCAAAGUGAAGCCGUCACAGGCUGGUUACAUGAGGCUGAGUGAACCGAAUUUCAGCAAUGCAGAAUGUGCAAGGUUUAAAGUAGGACGUUUCCUCCAGCAGAGCAACGAUGAGCAGUGGUUUGGGCAUUCUGAUCAGUCGUUAGAAGGCAAAGUGGCUGGACAGCCUGAAGCCAUUAGUGGUACAGGUGAUGUCAGCAGCACAGCCGUACCAGAUCACGGAUCUGCGGCUGUGGAGGAUAAACUUAUGAAGAUAACUACUGGCUUUGAAGCCGAUGUUCGUGCAAUUAGACAGAAUAUCGAGCACUGUUUGGCCUCAGCUGAGCAAGCUUCUGUAGGUGAAGCAAGUGCUGCAUUUAUCUCGAUGGAGAGCAAUUGUCCCAGAAUCUUACAACAACCUACAGUGCCUGCCCUAGUUGUGUCUGAAGAAGCAGAAGACAACGAUCGCGACCUGUGUGGUUUCACAGAUGAUGGUCUGGAUGACAUCCUGAAAACUUCAACCACCACUGAGAUGGAAGCAGACGAAUGGGCAGGCUUUGAUCCAGCUGCAUGGUCACGCGAACAUGGAUUUGCAGUCCCAGCAGAUUCUGCUUGCUACACGAGCAUCUUACCAUCUGGGAAGAAGCUGGUGGACGUGAGGCAAGGCGAAGUGGAGGGUGCUGCUAGAAAUGAAUCCUGGGCAGACAUCCAGAGGGCGCUGCAAGAGCUGGUAGAUAGCCAGGACUCUGCACUGAUCCAGGAGCUCAAGAAGACACCUGGAGAUGAAACACUCCUGGCACCUCUCUUAGAGGAAACAGAUCUUACUAUAAGAGAAGACGUACCGCCUCUGGAAACUGGAGUAAUGUCUGCAGUCACCACCUCCCCAACUCCUCAUCAGGCGUUAAGCGUGCAACAGGUGCAAUCAAAGGAUAAUGACAUCCCACAAACUGAUGUUACUAAAAUCAGCGAUUUAGUGUCUACUGACGCCACAAAAUCAACAACUACAGUCAAUGUCUUCCCUACGAUUCACCCAGUCGAAAGUAGUGACCAGGUUCAGUCGAAGGAUGAUCAGAGCCUACGCAGAGAAGGUGUAACAGCUCCAAAAGACUCUUUCUGUGAUUCGAAUUUCGUCAGCAGAAAAGAAGAGCCAAAGGCUGGAACUCAACUAGCGUUGCAGCCACAGUUUCAGGAAGUGCCCCCUGUCACAGGAUCUUCUGUUGUAUCUCCAGUAAUGAAAGAUCCAAUAGGCUCAGAGAAUGUUAAAGCCUUUUUUGAUGAAGCAUUGGACAGAUCAGAGCUACCUGUGCAGCCAUCAGAAGAAUUUGUCGUAGAUGUAAGGUGCAUCAGACAAGGAGAAGCUAAACCGUCUGCAGAGAAUCUGCAGUCAGUUUCCUCAGUAAACGUUUUCACUCUUUCUGAUGAAACCUUAAAUAAUUUACGAUCUGCAGCUCAGAACAUGAAGAAAAGUACCGCCCUAGAACUCAUAGCACCAAGUGAGGAGUUGUUUGAAGAUAAGAUGAUGGUGUCAGAGACUCCCUCAGUAGAUUUAUUGGAAGACUUGCCUGUUGCUCAAGGAAGAGCUGUCACUCAGACAGACACAAUAAAAGGUAUAACCAUUAAUAUGGCUCCUCUUAAGACAUUGGAUGCCCAAAAUACAGCGUCUAGUUCGCAGGAGAAAUUCAUUCCUGGACUGUUUAACGUUGACUGCACAGCUGAGCCUCACAAGGAGACUGAGGUUUGUUCCGACAUCCUCACACUUACAGAAACAGUUCCUACAUUUGCUCGAGAUUCUGACUGCUCAGGACUAACAAGUGUGAUACCUUAUGACUCGAAUUUGCAGAAGUCGUUAAUUUCUUCAGAGUCAAAAGAAAAUGAUGACAGAGACAAAGCUGAUAGUGUGUCGCUAGAGAGAUGUCAACAGUUAGGAAGAGAGCACUUCUCAUUGAUAGAUAAAGAGGAGCAGGAUUGGUUUGGUCCUCACAUAACAAAGGAUUCAGAAGUGUUGCAAUGGAAGAAACCCCUACUGGAAUCUGCAGGUGCCUUAGAUGAAACUUACACUUCCAAAGCCAUUGGUACUUUUCUUAGCGGAGAUCUUGUAAAGGAGGAGGAAAUCAAUAUUCCAGUUACAGCAGAGAAAACAGCUUUCGCAGAGAAUUUAAUGCCUGACCAAUCAGAUAAUUUGAUUAGCAAACUGGCAGAUACUUCAUCAGACACAGUUUGCAACAUUGCUGGAGAAUAUGGACUUUUGAGUGCAUCAGUACCCAGCAUGCUGUAUGAGCAGAGUCGACAAGAUGUGGACAGUAAAAUGCCACAAAGUCACAGAGGCAGACUUAUGACACAUGGGCACCAAUCAGCCUCAGACUGUCAGCCUCAACACAAAGUAGCUGAUGUAGGUACUCCAGAUAGAAGUAUGGUUAGCCAACUGUUUGAUGCCACUUGGCAAGCAGCACAAAGUGAAGAGGAAGCUGCAAAUAUCAUGGACACACCGACUGCAGUUUCACCGUCAUUAAUAUACCAAUCGAAUGAAGCAGAAUUUUUGUUGGAUCCCAUUGCUUUAUCUCGCCAGCACAGUGAGAAAGCUGAGUCUUCUAGAAAAUCUGGGUCACCAUAUGAUGUGCUGGAAGAAUUUGUCCAAGUAUCAGCAUCUAACCAGAUCUAUAAUUUGAGAGAACAAUCUCAUGAUCUUAGAGAUAUUGCAGAUCAGCUACAGUCUCUAAAAGAACAAUCUCUUUCUUCUGAAGAUACCAAAAGCCAUCUAAAUAGUUUGAAAGAACAUUCUGACGUUUUUAAUGACGUAGCAGAUCUACAGAACUCUAAAGAUAAAACUAACGAUUUUGAAGGUAUUGUAGGACAGGAUUCAGAAGGAUGGCCUGUUAAUGAAAAGGAUCAGUCCAAUGCGCUCAGAAUCAAAAUGGGUAAGACUGUAGACACAAAUAAGAAAGCAACCUCUCGAGAUAUUUCCACAGAAUCAGUAUGGUUAUCUUUGGACAGAAGUCUGGAAGACCUCAAAACACCGGCUGUAUCAUUCCCUCCUGGUCUGUCAUCAACAUCUGCUCUAUUGCCAAGUGUUGAUCCAUUACCAGAUAUGCAGCUGCUGGAUUGCUUAGAUAGUGAUGACUCCAAGCGUUCUGACACAAAGAAGAACAAGAUAGAAGAUCCUUUCAUGCCAUCAUAUAGCAUGCCCCAGAAAGAUGAGACCACUAUGGAAAAAUCUAACGAUAUGUUCUAUGGGUCAGAUGGAAGGGACGUCCUGAAUACUUUAGACUCAGCUUGGUUCCCAUCAGAAGAUGAGUUUUUUACAGGACAAUCAUCUACAGAUAUGAGAUGUGAUAGUGACACGCCCAAAGAUACAAUGCUGCCUCCUGAUAAAGUCAGUGGCUCACAACAGGCAACAGAUUGGUGGUCUGAGAAAGGAUUUGAUUCACUGAGUCCGAUCAGAGAGCAAGGUUUCUCGUUCACUGGAGACAUUAAGUCAGAAGCUCCACAGCAAUGGGACUCAUAUAUCUGGACUGGUGAAUUCCAGCCAUCGAAUUCUUCCUCCUCCACUCCAACUGACAUUUCUAAGACUUUUUCUGCCGACAACGCACAAGAAGACUAUGGUAAAGUUCCAGAUCCAUUCGCAAUUUCCUCUAAGGGAAGCGCCUCAGUCAUCACAGUAGAAAACAAGGAACUUCAGCAGAAACAACGUGAUGAGCUGUUAGAUGAAAAGAAUACAAAAUCAUCUACCCAAGCAGGUUAUUUCGAAUUUGGUGUGCCGAAGACAGCAUUACCUUCAACAGCUACCUCACAGUCUCCAGAAGAAUCACUGUAUGUGGAACAGCAGAAAUCGCAGUCUAUUUCUGUGACUGGGCAGUCAUUGUCUGAUGAGUCUGCUGGAUCAGUAAAUAAUAUAGGACACAAAGCACCAGUUUUAAAAAGCGAUACUACAACAUGUACCAAAAACGAAGCUACAAAUGGAGAUCCGGUGAACAAUUACAGACCCUCAUUCACAAAGAAACAAGAAAUGCACGUGACUGCAGUUCCUCUGGAAAUUAAUCCUCCAAAACACCUCCAUGUGACAGGUGACACUAGUGCAGCCUCACCAUCUUCCAAAAGUGUUCAUGAAGUGGAACAGAGAGAAGCUGAUGAUUCUCAGACUCUUGGAUCAGUCGCAGAGGUCAAGGUGUCAGCCGAGGAGAUUUCUGUUAGUUCUCAUUCCGACUCUCCUCCUCCCUUGGUAGACGUUUCGCCACUGCACACUGCAGACAACUCAAGCCUACCUGAAGUUCCUGGUACAGUAGUCGAGAAGCAGCAACAUUCUGAUCACCAUGCACCUCAAGGCUCUACAGCACCAGCCUCUGCUGAACAGAUAGAUACAUCACAUAUCAAAUCAGCAGAACCCCCUGUUUCCUGUGAGCUCAAUCCAGCUGAAGUAGGUGCAGAUACCAGCUGUCCUAGUAAUAGUGAACAGGGUGUGAACAGUAAACUUGUGCAUCCCACAAAAGAAGCUUCCACAAGUACAAAGGCUUCUAGUGUUUCAUCGACCGAGGAUGAUGGGACCAUCAUCAGAACUUCAGAAAAAUCAGUGCAAUCAGGAGACUCUCCACUAGAGACUGAUAGCUACUCUGAAGAUAGCGUCUUUUUGGAUGAUGAGGAAGGUGGAGACGUUCUGGGAACAGCAGGCUUCAUAUUGCAUCCCAUAACAAGGCAAUUGAUAAGGCGUUCAUCAUCGGUGACAUCGGAACCUCCUCCGAGUCCAACUAUAGCAGUUGGUCCAUUGGCUGUCACGCCAGAAAACACAGAAGAGAAGCUUGUUGCAAAUACAAGUGGUGGGCACGUGUUCAGAGAGGAUGAGAUGAGGGAGAAGCCUCAAAGUGCAGGCAAAGCAGAUGCAGUAGUGAAACCUCCAUCAGCCGAACGUAGAGAGUCAGUCGUUCUGGAGAAGAUAACGGCACUUAAACACCACAUAUCCGAAGGUAUUCAGCACGGCAAGGACAGUGUUUAUAGCACUGAGAGGAAGCUACUGGAAAAGGUUCAGUCGUGGAUAGCUCCCGCCGAGAAGCCACCAGGAAAAGGAACAGAAAAAGUUAUUGCUGAAGAGGAAGAUGUCGUUGAAAAUAAGCAAACUGGACCAACGGCAUCAGAUACGUUAGAAACAGAGAGAGGAAAAAGCACUAUUACUACUACUGAACUUGAAAACAAGAUUAUUAAGCAACAAGACGAGAAAGUGGAAUUAUUCCAAUCACCAUCUCCAGGUACUUCUGAAUCAGAAACCAAAAACAAAGCUGCUGGGAAUCAAGAUGAGAAAGUAAAUCUUCCUCAGCCAUCGUCUCCAGGCGUUGAGAAUGAAAUGGUGAGGAGUGUGUAUGCAGGACCAGCUCUCAAAAUAUAUGACACACUGCAAGCAACUUCCCCUCCAGAAGAAAUAAAUGUAGUUGUAGAUAAUAAUCUCAAAGAAGUCUCUGUUGGUAAUAUGUUAGCAGGAAACAGAGCUGCCAAAAUAGAAGACAAACUGCAAGCAACAUCCGCUCCAGAAGAAAUAAGUGUAGCUCUAGACAAUAAUCUCAAAGAAUGUUCUGUUGGUAAUAUGUUAAAGGAGAACAGAGCUACCAUGGAAACAUUUCCUCUAACUCCCGAGGGAGAUACUAUCAUUGAAAUGGAAGACUUUGAAUAUGAAACAAUUGUAGUAGACAGAGAUCCAUUGUUAGGCCAGGAGUUCACAAUUCUGGUGAAAUCAAGCAGUGACUCGGAACAUUCCAGUUGUCACUCGAAAACUGGAGUCACAUCGCCCAAGAGAUUGCAAGCAUCUGAUUCCAACGUAGGGACGUCAGUAUUUCCCAAAAAUGAGUCACCCUCCUGCCUAACAGGUCACCCCAAAAACACAGAAGCAGAUAGUCACUGGACUACAGAUUCUUCUAGCAGUCCAGUGGGUUCUGACCACGAUAUCUUCUUUGAAGACAUCCCUCAGCAGUCUCUGGAGUAUGGAAGCCAAACACCAAAUCCAUUUAUGUACGAAGAAGACGGAAGUGACUUUGCGGAUGUCGAGUGCGGAGACAGUUCCCGCCCUGCUACGUCAUCCUCAGACGACUGGUACUUCAGCACCAGCCGGUCUGUAGAUGGAGGUCUGGCUAUCAGCUACGGUCCCCCAUCUAAUGCCAGUUCCAGAAUAGACCUCAGGAAGCUGGAUACCAUGGAUACUACUGAACAAGGGAAAUGUGGUAAAGAGAAUGAUACGAAGGGGGAAGACGACAUUCUCCAUGCGACACAUCUACAAGUACCUGGAAAUAUUCACAAACAAGGUUUUCUGGAAGUACAACAUGCAGACCUGAAACCAUUUAGCGGCGAAGUGUCCCCAGGUGGUAGAUCUUGUGCAUCCUAUGACGGUCCAGAUUACUACGACAUCGAGAAGCGGAUCGAUAGUGUCCUGAAAAGAAUCGAUGCUCUUCAGGAAUCUGACCCAACAUUUCGUGAAACCGAUAGUGGUACGAGUGGGACCAACCCCUUCGACAUGAGUGAGGACGAGUGGCUGUGCAUGCAGUCUGGAGUGCCACAGGAAGGAUUUGCGGAACUGCCAGAGGAGCCGACUGUAGAGGGGUGUGGGAGCACUGUCGAUGAGGAUCGACGCUUCCUCGAAGAAACGUACCUGAAUACCGGAAAAAAGUCGGGUCGACUCCAGCGAGUCUGCACGAGGCAAAAUUUGGACGGAAAAGAAGAUCUUGACGCCAAUCCAUUUUCCGAUGUAGCUGACCGCUAUAUACCCUCAUCUGGGUCUGUGAUAUCAUCAACCGGAAGUAUACCAGAAGCUAGUUCAGAUUCUGGCGACCAGGACAAGAACAGCAGCAGUAAUCCAUUCCUCCAGACAGUCUACGAGAAGGGAUUACUGUCACAGUCAGCAUUAUCUAUCGAUUUGCCCAACCCAUUCCUGUACACAGAGGCAGAAAUUAGGGAACAGCUGAGGAGGGCUGGGUUCUCCAGCGAGGAGGAGAUUUUCCCACUGUCUCCGCCUGGAGGCACCGUUUCCGAGGCCAGCUCUGGAGUCGCUGGUGACAGAUCCUGCUCUCCAGACAGCAGCUCCAGUGACAGCAGUGACGGGACGUUGGUUCCAGACCCUCUCCCUCUCCUCCCAGUACCGACUCAGGAGAUGCUGUUGCCGGACAGGAGCCCUGAUAGUAGGACGCUAACUCUCGAGGACGUUUCAGCCCACAAAGAAACUGAAUCAACAGAGAGAGAUGUGGACAGCGGGAGGUCUUCCAAAGAAGCAGGAGGAGUAACUGAGGAAUCUGCAAGAGGAGCAGGGAUUCAGGACGCAAGGAGUACGAAUCUCCCAGAUGUAGUAUCCAAAGAGGUCGAUACAAAUCCAACCACGGGUUACAGAGGUGUCCACAAAGAACCUUCAUCAGAUCUAGAGAAACGUCAGAUUGCGAGUGGUUUGUCCUGUCAGGUUCGUACGCCAGUUGACGUCGAUCCUAGCAAGUUAGCCAUUAAAGUGAGCGGCUUAAGUGUUCGAACUGAAACAGGAUUGCAGGCUCCUUCCAGGUUCUCUGUGUCUUUGGCUGUGCAAGACCCGAGUCUUCAACAAGUGGGAAGUACUUUAAAAAGUGACAGUUGUGUUUUUCCAACUGAUUACAAACCGUGUACUAGCGUUGAUAAUAGUGCGAAAGAGAAUUUCCAGUGUCGACUGCCCAAGGAUCCAACAGAGAGUGUGGUUAGCGAGUUGCCGGACUUAGUAGGUACCGUGUGUAGUGCUGUGGCCGAGGGCGGCAGUCAAGAUUGUGGUAGUGGUGGUGGUAAACCGUUAUUACCACUGGACUUGGACGGGACGUCGACCCAGCAACAAGUGCUGCGAGAGGGAGCAACGAACGAAACGUCGAACGAUGGAAGCCAGCAGGACGAUGGAGCGCUGGACCUGGCGCAGAACAGCAAUGUCCAGGACGCGUUCGUCAUCGCGGUGGAGCAGCAGGCGCGAGAGCGCCUCGAGCGGCUGUCCGCGCUCAAGAGGAUCAAGCCCAUCGACAUGACCAAGCUGUCGCAGCAGCUGAACCAGCAGGCGCAGGCCGAGUCGGAGCAGCAGCAGCAGCUGAGCCAGCAGCAGCAGCAGCAGCUCAACGGCUUCAUCGAGAGCAGCCCCAUCUACGUGACGUCGCUGCAGCCGCAGGCGCCGCCAGCCGCCCCCACCACGCGCCUCAAGCAGGCCCCGCCCACCACCGCCGCCGCCCCCACUGCCGGCUCCAAGGCCCCCUCCAAGGCGGGCAGCGGCGCGCUGAGCAACGGCCACGGCCCCCAGCCGGCGGCGCAGUCGCAGUCCGAGGACUCGGGGGACACGCUGGAGCUGAAGCAGGACCUCAGCGACGAGCAGGAGCCCGACCAGCCGCCGGCCGCCAACACGACCGUCACCACGGCCAUCGUAGAGGCGCCCGCGCACGAGCAGCUCCUCGACAGCAACGCCGGCUCCAGGCACCGAGAGUCGUCGGAGCUGUCGUCGAAGAAGGCGGCGGCUGCGGCGUCGGCGGACGACCUGCUGGCGUCCCAGCAGCUCCAGCAGCAGCAGGCCGACCUGGAGCUGGAACUGGCCGCCAUGGACGACGGCGCCCCCCACCGCGAGAUGGCCGUCGACGUGCCCGACAGCUUCGUGGCGCGCACCAAGACGCCGCCCAGAUACCCGCCGCCCAGGCCGCGCUCCCAGCAGGGCGGCGCGCCCAACGGCAGCGCGGCGGGCGGCUACUCGACGCCGGCGUCGCCCCCCAAGCCGGUGCCGCCACCGCGCGACCACCUGCGCAUCGAGCAGGACGGACGGCUGGUGAACCGCGCGCCGCCCCCGCAGCUGCCCGCCAGGUCGCCGCUCGCCGCCGCCGCCGCGGCCGCCGCCUCCGCCGCCCAGGACGCCGCCCCCGCCGUAUCGCCCGCCCCCGGAACCACGCCCACCCGUCAGCAGCUGGACAGCAUCCGCAAGUACCAGGAGCAGCUGCGGAAGCGCAAGGAGGCGGAGGAGCAGCAGGAGGCGCUGAACCGGUCGCUGCGCGGGUCGCGGAAGCUGCAGGCGCUAGAGUCGCGGCCGCACGGGCUCGUCAACGACGCGUACUCGUCGGCCGACGAGGACGACCUGGGCGCCGUCACGGGGCAGCGGCAGCAGCAGCAGCUGGCGGCCGUGCACAGGGUCAUCGGGUACGGGGAGCUGGUGGCGUCGCUGCAGCGGCUGCAGCUGCUGCUGAAGAAGAGCGCCGCCGACGGCGUGGGGUCGGGCUCUGCGCUGGGCGCCCAGGUGGCAGCCGUGCAGACUCUGCUGCUGAGCCCGCAGUUCGGCCGCGCGCUCGCCGUCCACAACAGGGUGCAGCGCGCCGCCGCCAGGGGGCUCUGCCGGCCGCCCGCCGCCGACAACGCGCACGCCCUCUCCAGGGACUGCCUGGAGGUGCUGCGGCCAUGCAAGCUGCCUGAGGCGGCAGAAUUGUGUGACCUGCUCUCCCGUUACGAGCUGGACGCGCUGUUGGUAGCCCACGACGCGGUCGUCGCCACCACCGAGCCACGUUCUCCGGCACCCUCACCCACGCACAGUGCGGGUGGUGGAGGGGGAGUGCCCGGCUCGGGGCGGGGCUCACCGCCUCCCAGGCACGAGGGCAACAUCCGCAUCGUCAGCAUCGAGAAGACCAACGAGCCGUUGGGUGCCACAGUGAGAAACGAAGGAGAAGCUGUCAUCAUUGGGCGGAUAGUGCGGGGAGGGGCAGCAGAGAAGUCUGGCCUGCUCCGCGAGGGCGACGAGAUCCUCGAGGUGAAUGGCAUCGAGAUGCGUGGGAAGUCCGUGAACGAGGUGUGUGACAUCCUUGCCGGCAUGACAGGCACGCUGUCCUUUCUCGUGGUUGGCAGCAGCAACCAGCCUCCGCCACCACCACGGGAGACCACCAUUAUCCAUAUGAAGGCACACUUCGACUACGACCCCGAGGAAGACCUGUACAUCCCGUGCAGGGAGCUGGGAAUCAGCUUCCAGAAGGGUGACGUGCUGCACGUUAUCAGCCAGGACGAUCCCAACUGGUGGCAGGCGUACCGCGAGGGCGAGGAAGACCUCACACUCGCCGGGCUCAUCCCUUCCAAGUCCUUCCAACACCAGCGUGAAACCAUGAAGCAGACGAUAGCCGGUGACCGGCUGACAAAGGAAGGCAAGUCAAAGAAGGCAAGCACGCUCCUCUGUGCCAAGAAAAACCCCAAGAAGAAGAAAAAGAAGCCUUACGGUUCCAGCUACACUGACGGAGGCUACCCACUCUAUGCGAGCGCUACCGAUGAUUACGAGUCAGAUGAGAUCCUGACGUACGAGGAGGUGGCGCUGUACUACCCGCGAACGACGCACCGCCGUCCCGUCGUGCUCAUCGGGCCGCCUAAUAUCGGUCGCCACGAGCUGCGCCAGAGGCUCAUGGAGGACUCGGAGAGGUUUGCGGCUGCUGUCCCACAUACGAGUCGACCACGGAAGGAGGGUGAAGUGGAUGGGCAAGACUACCAUUUCAUCUCGAGGGCGCAGUUCGAAGCGGACAUCUUGGCGCGUCGUUUCGUGGAGCACGGCGAAUACGAGAGAGCGUACUACGGUACAUCGCUGGCAGCCAUCCGUGCCGUGGUGGACGCGGGGAAGACGUGUGUUCUGAACCUGCACCCACAGUCACUGCGCAUCCUGCGCGCUUCCGACCUCAAGCCCUACGUGGUGUUCGUCGCGCCGCCCUCCCUGGAGAAGCUGCGGCAGAAGAAGGCCCGCGCCGGUGAGGCGUACAAGGAGGAGGAGCUGAAGGACAUAAUUGAGAAAGCUCGUGAAAUGGAGGACAAGUACGGCCACCUGUUCGACUUGAUCAUCAUCAACAACGACACAGACCGUGCCUUCCAGCAGCUGCUCUCCGAGAUCAACAGCCUGGAGCGGGAGCCGCAGUGGGUGCCCGCUGCCUGGGUCAAGGGGUCCUGAGCAUGAGCUGCCAGGCACUCCUGUGUGACCCACAACAUUGGCAACAAAGCCUGACAACAGACAUCAGCACUACUGUUCAGAAGGCUGCAUUGUCAUGGGACAGGGAAGUUCCAACUCAUCCUUUACAGGUGAAAUAUUAUGUUAGGCUAAAGGUGCUAUGCAAUGGACAAAAAUCUCUGGUCAGAAAAUGGACACAGUAAAUGUUCUUGCAAGUUAGAAACUCUUGUCAGGUAGAAUGGGCAAGGUGCGUGACGUACUUUUACUAUAAAAAUCAUAUAGUGCCUUCACCUUCCAAAGGCACAAAUCUUUGUUGUUGUUUAUGGAUGUAAGGCUCUUGUGCAUAGUGGUGAAACCCAUCACACUGAUACUUUGUACAGAAAAUGUGACGAAGUUGUAGGCUGAGAGUCCAUAAAGGUUAUGCUGAACAGCACACUGUUUUCAUUAAGGAAUGGACAUACAUUGCUAUUAGUAUUACAUAUGUAUAUUGUUUAAAUGGUGUACAGUCUUUUUUAAAAAAAUCUUUGUUUCUUAUAUUAAUUAUACCCCUUCCCCCUCAUUAGCUGUAAGUUUCACUGCAGUGUGACAUUAACACGACUGACAGAUAGCAUUGCUGCGGCUGGAGCUCUAAGGAGAAGUAGUAUAUUAUCAAGUGCACAGGUUAAAUAUCCUGUCAGUCCACUGUACAUAAUUUCUGUCAACUCUUUUCAUUUCAGAAAAGUUACAUCACCUCCACUGCAAGCUGGCUAGAGCAAUAAAAAGCAAUUACGUUGCUCCAAGUUCACACUGUGUUUCAGUAUCUGAAAAUGGGAGUUGUUUCACAGACAAUUCCAAAAUUGUUUAUUUUGGCAGAUAUGAGGAGAAAAGGAAAGAAUUUUAUUUGGAGCAGUGCUAUGAAUAUAUCAUUUUUUAAGUACCUGUAAGUCAUAGAUUGAGUACUGAGAAUUUCGCUAUCCUCUGUAUUUUAACAGAAAUGUUAGUUACUUUAAAAAAAUUUAUUUUCUCAUUUGUGAUAAAUGAUACAAAUGUACACGAAUACACUAGACAACGUAUGUUGAUACCUACUUUUAGUUUCCCCCACACCCCCCUGAAGAAAAAGCACUCGGCUCUGGGAAGUUAUGAGAUACAUUCUCCCAAAGACAACCAUUCCAAACUGUAUGUGCCUGUAGCAGUCUGUAACAAGACAUUUACAAAUCGUAGAAGCUCAACUAUUUAUUGGUGCUAUAAAUUUCCAGAACUAAGGAAACAUAUUGGCAUGUAAAGUUUGACUGUGUGACUUGAAGGGAAAAAAUUACAUAGUAUUUCUCACUGUAUCAGAGAGAUCAAUAGUUUUAGCUUUUUGCAUUUAGUGUGCAGUGUAACCAAGUCCAUGAAGUGUACAGUUUACGCAACCCUGGUUUUGUCGGGGAAAACAUUUUUCUUCAGAUACAAAUUUCAACUGUUGAGGAAUUGAGAGAUUUCACAUAGUAGCUGGUUUACAUUCUAAAUGUUUAUAAAUGCUUUUGAUGUUAAAUUUCAUAUUUUACAAGUUUUAUUUCUAUAUGUAUAUUGUACGCAAUAUUGUGAAUUGAUGAACAACUGUGAAUGAGAGAAAUGUAAUCAAUGUAAGAAUUACUAUUAUUGGCUGUAGUUCCUUUCUAUCCUUUCUUUAUAUAGCUCUAUAAGUUAACUGCAUAGACUUUACUUGUUAACUAGCAAUCACUCUACACCCAAACAGCACUGAAGGAAUGCCUUUAAGUUCAUUAACGUCUCCUUUUAUUGGGUAUUAGGAGCACAUAAGAACACCUAAUUGUUUUGUUUUCUCGCAUAUCAAAAUGUUUUCUAAGAUAUGGCAGGUUGAUUUUUAUACAAGAAAAGCUACAGAAAUCAGCGUUUCAUAGCUUUGUCAUUAAUUUUAAGGUAUGCUGAAGCAGGCACAUUUAAAGCAUGUUAACGAUCUUUCAUACAAAGAGAGGAAAGAACUUUUAUAAGGUGAUGGCAUUUCACUCUAUGUCAACCAGUACCUCAGGUAAAAUUUUUACUGUGCUCUUGUUGUGACAAGUUAUGAGUCGAGGCCAACGUGGAAAAAAACAAGUCGACCUGAACUACCUGGCAUUUACGAAGUUCAGUAAAUAAACGAAAUAAAAUUGUAAAUUUUGUCACUGCAACAGUUGCAGGAUCUAAUAAUAAAAUGUAGUGUGCAGUUAUGUGAAUGAGGGUAUGCUGUGAAUUUCCCUCGUAUACAAGAGUAGGAAAGAACUACUUUCAGAGUUAAAGGUAGGAAAUCAAAAGGCAGUUGUAUGAGAUGCCGGUAGGAAGUGCCAAAUUGUCUGUUGUCUUUCCAUUUCUGUUAGAGAACUUUACAAAUGAGAAUUAGUGUGCCUGUGUUUUGAUGGUAAAUGUCGUUAUGAAACUUAAGUGUAAUCAGGUGAGUGAAAAUUUAGUCAUAUGCGUUACUGAAGGAACAGUUCUGGUAUGCAAGCACAUUGUUUCUGCCAUACCUGUAGCUACAAUUUACUUCCAUUUAAAUAAAAUUGGGAGAGACGUAGUCUUUCCAUACUGAAGUCAUAUUGCAUUUAAAUGCUGUAAAAAAUCCCAUCAUUUUGCAUUGUUCAUAUUUCUUUGUCAUAAACAUCACACUCAAAAAAACAUUUCCUAACUGACCAACAUCGGGCAUGAUUUUUUAUAUAAAUAUUAAUUAUUACGUGUAAGUAUUAUUAAAGAGAAGCUAACUUGUAACAACUUUUGUUUUAUCAGUGAAGUGUGUUUUAGAUAAACAAUUGUACAGUUAUUUUUAUUAAUAUAUUAUUAAUGAUAUUCCACACAUAGACUUCCAAAUAAGAUAUGACUAUAUAAAUAUAUAUACAUAUGACUAUAAAUAUUGUGUAUUGUUAUUAAAUUUCAUUGUUCAUUUCUAUUUUCAAAUGAUAACUUUUAAAAAACGACGAGAGAAUGGAUCACAGUGCUCAAAGUUCUCGUGAAUAAUAUGUUUUAGCAAUGUUAUGUAACUGGUGAUGAAUUGGCAUACCAUAAGAGCGAUCAUGUAUUUUAAAAUUUAUUGUACAUACAUAACGGUUGUUUAUACCCAGAGGGGGCAAUUUUUCUGCUCCAUAUAUUAAUAAAAAGGGAGUAAUGUUUUUUUCA